CACAGCUUCGUUUCUUCAGCCGUGCUGUGCAGACAGGGAGGGUCCAUCUUCAAGGCUCGAUGUGGAGUCCCGCCACUCAGUAACUAAGGACAUAGCCAUGGCAGUUAAAAGUAGCAAACCCAAGCGUGGCAAAGGCAAAAGCUCCAAAAAGAAAGCAAAGAAGAUUGUGAAGGAAGCAGAUAUCCUCAGCCCAGCUGCCAUGCUCAACGCUUACUACAUCUGCCACAACGCCCCCGCCUUCCUGGAGUUCCGGGGCUUUCCCUGGCCUGGCUCCCCCAAAAAGAAGGGAAAGAAACGAAAGUAAGCGGGUGGCUGGAAAGCAAAGGACUCGGUGAAAACCAAGCUCCCCAGUGAAGAAGAGACUUUUUUGCAGAUUAGACUUGUACUGACUCCUCCAGUGGUUAGCUCAAAUAUUUUGCCAUAAUCACUCUUCUGUCUGUACAAAGACACUUUUAUUAUAGCUCAAGCCUAGAGUGACAAAUGGUAAGUGACACUGUGCCAUUGUAAUUUCAGCUGUGGCCCAUCGCCCUCCGGUUCUCUCUGUAAUAAAGCAUCACAUCUCAGCAGUC